AUGGAGGUUGCACAAGUUCUUCACAUGAAUGAAGGAGAAGGAGAAACCAGCUACUACAAAAACUCAAGCCAUCUAAAGAAAGUGAUUUUGACAACCAAGCCAAUUCUAGAAGAAUGCAUAACAAAGCUAUGUGAAGAAGGCUUUCCAAAAUGUCUGAAAAUGGUAGAAAUGGGAUGCAGUUCAGGAGCUACUGCGCUACUGCCACUGCAGGAAAUCAUAGAAAUAAUAUACUCCAUUGCUUGCAGAUUGAAGCAGAAACCGCCCAUCUUGCAAGUUUUCCUAAAUGAUCUUCCAGGAAAUGAUUUCAACACCAUCUUCAGGUCAUUAAUACCCAAGUUCCAUGAGAAACUUGAGAAAGAGAAGGGCAACAAAUUUGGAACUUGUUUCAUAGGUGCAAUGGCUGGAAGUUUCUAUGGAAGGCUUUUUCCACCGCAAUCCCUGCACUUUGUUCACUCUUCUUACGGUCUCCAUUGGAUAUCACAGGUGCCUGAAGGACUUGUGAGUGAAUAUGGGAUUCCACUAAACAAAUAUAAUAUUUGUGUAGCUGAAACAAGCCCCCCAAGUGUCCACAAAGCAUAUAAUCAAUUUGAAAGGGACUUUACGACAUUUUUGAAGUGUCGUUCAGAAGAGAUGGCUUCUGGAGGUGCAAUGGUCCUCAACGUCCUUGCUAAAAGUAACAAAAUUCCUUAUUGCAAAUACGGUAGCGAAAUUUGUCAGUUAAUUGGGACGGUCCUCAACGAAAUGGUUCAAGAGGGAUUAAUAGAGGAAAAAUUAGUGGCAUCAUUCAAUAUUCCAGUGUAUGCUCCAUCAGCAGAAGAAGUAAGGAGUAUAAUUGAAAGGGAAAAUUCAUUUGUGAUAGCAAGACUAGAAGAAUUCCAGCUAAGUUGGGAUGCUAAUAUAGAGGAAACUGACAAAGAGAAGGUGUUUGAUAAAUGGGAAAAGGGGGAGUAUGUAGCCUCCUACAUCAGAGCCGCUACCGAACCCAUGCUAGUUGCUCAUUUUGGACAUGCUAUUAUUCCCCAUUUAUUCCGUAGAUAUUCUAUCAAAUCAUCCGAUUAUUUGGAAAAGGGAAUGGCUUUCCUCAACACCCUUGCGAUUUCCCUUCAAUUCAAAUGCUGA